AUGAAGUUGAGAGGCAGAUGCAUGCUCCGACUGACUGAGCACCACCCAUUUAUUACUACCACGACUACUUACUUAAAAAAUCAAUCCACCUCAACCGUUGCUGAAAUCCAGGGUUUUCAAAAUGAAGAGUUACUAUCAGAAACCAAUUCAAGACCAUUCGAAGAAAUCCCAGGUCCAUCUGGUAUAUACCAACUGCCAUAUUUGGGACUGAUUUUGCAAAUGAGACCAUUUACAAAUUACGCCAAAGACAACAUGCAGCAAAGAGUUUUAAGCUGGACAAAAACAUAUGGACCAAUUUGUAAACAGAAGCUAGGAAAUGAUUGGUAUGUUUUUCUUGCUGAUCCUCGGGACGUUGAAAAGGUGUUCCGAAAUGAUAGACAGUACCCAUAUCGUGGAAUAUUGCCAUUAACCAAGGUGUACACGAAAAGAACUCGAACAAAACCUGGACUAACAGCAUUAAAUGACGAAGAGUGGUUUGCUCUGAGGAAAACAGCACAAAGAGCUAUUUUGCGACGGAAGUCGGUCAAUAAAUACCUGCCAGCUAUUAGUGCAAUCGCCGAUGAUUUUGUCAAUAAAUUCCGUCGCAAAGAUCGCAUUGAUGAUGUAAUACAGCAUUUAAUGGAAUUCUCAACAGAAGGAGCUGGUAAAAUGUGUUUUGGGGUACGUCUUGGAUGUAUUUCAUCUCCAGAUCAAACGAUCAAAACAGAAACGAUGCAGCAUGUAGAAACAUUUCUGGACUGUUUUGGGAACCAGUUUUACAUAAUGCCAUGGUACAAACUUUUCCAAACGCCAUUUUAUCGGAAGUAUGCAAAAUCGGCAAACUAUCUUAGAAGACAGACGCAGAAAUAUAUUGCAAAACACAAAGAGCGUAUUCAGUCUCAUAAUGCAGAAGUAAUUGAUCCAAGUCUUCUUGGCGACAUGCUAUCUGACCCACACAUGACGACUGCAGAUAUCACCAAAACGUUGAUGGAUGUUUUUAUUGGUGGUAUUGAUUCGACUGCAGCAAACAUGACAACGUUGCUUUACAAUCUGGCGAAGAACCCAGAGAAACAAGACAAACUGUUUGAAGAGUUGGAGACAUAUGUCUCAAAAUCCGGUCCUAUCGAUGAAACGGUUUUUCGCCACCUAAAUUACCUUAAAGCAUGUCUUAAAGAGUCGUUUCGACUGGUAUUUCCUGUUCCGGUUGGUACUGCAAGAAGCUUGGAUAAGGACAUUACAAUAAAAGGCUUCCGAAUACCUGCAUUUACUAACAUAGUGUUUUGCUCUGGAAUCACUUGUCAGGAUAGUAAAUACUUUGAAAAGCCUGAAGCAUUCAUUCCCGAAAGAUGGUUACGCGUUAGUGACAAAUAUUCUCCAACACAUUCAUUUGCACAUAUUCCAUUUGGUUACGGACCACGGAAGUGUAUUGGACAAACUUUUGCCGAGACAGAGAUUUAUAUCUGCACUGCAAAGCUGUUGCGUAAUUUCCGCCUGACAUUACCCCAGGAAACCAGUAAAAUUAUCUAUAAGGAUAAAACAUUUCGAACACCCGUCACUCCAGUAUCUUUCAUCGUUAAAAGUAGAUAACCA